AUGGGCUUGAAUACGAUUAAAGAGUUCUUUGUCAAUGUAAAAAGACGAUUUCAAGAUGUCAGCAUUGACAGUCUACUGUGGAUAGUGAACAUUGUUCCCAGUUUGGCUGGGUUCUCGAUUCGCAGUGAUAGAGUUUCUGCUCCAUUUUGGAUAGUUCACUGGUCGUUACUCGUGUAUGUCUACGCGGUCGGCAAUGCAGUAUACCAAUGGAAAUUCGCCAACGAAGCUAUAGACUACAUCACGAGCUUCAUAAAUGUUUCACUUUUGAUCUUGAUCGGCAAUAACAGCUGGUGGUUCCUUGCUAAUAGACGCUUACUGAAGUCGGUGCUCCACAAGAUCGAAGUAAACGACGAACUGUCUCGUCGCUCGGAGCAAUCGCGUCUCAAACACAAGAAACUUUUGAAGAUAAUCAAACGAAUCGUGCUAGUGUUCUAUAUGUCUAAUUAUGUGAAUGCCUCGUUUAUAUAUUUGCCUAAUCGCGUUGACGUUCUGAACAAUUAUGCCAUGACGCCGUGUGUUGGAAUGGAACCAUUGACCGUCUCCCCAAAUCGAGAACUAUGCUUGACUAUUCUCUGCAUGCAAGAAUUCUCAAUAAUGACGGUUGUCUUAAACUUUCAAGCUCUACUUCUGUGUUUUAUAGCACACACGGCCGUGAUGUUUCAGAUUUUGGCCGACGAGAUAAUGGCUCUAAAUAAUUAUGAGAAUUUAGAAGAACAUCAGGCAUAUGUGAAAGAAACGUUGCCAAUUUUAGUCAAACGCCAUUCUUUGACUUUAUCAGUUGUAGACAAUUACAAAUCAUUGUACAGCGUUCCACUGGGGGUCAAUUUCGGUUCAAACGCACUAACUAUUCUUUUAAUAUUGUAUUUACCCAUUCUCGAAUGGUUUAAAUUCAUUCCGAUAUUCGUUUUUUGUUUUAUGUUAUUCUUCCUUUACUGCUUUCUGUGCCAGAAACUAGUCAAUGCGUCUGAAGCAUUUGAAACAGCGAUUUAUUGCUGUGGAUGGGAGAAUUUCGCUUUGAGGGAAAUGAAGAUGAUUUAUGUGAUGCUCCAUCAGGCUCAAAGGCCGGUCGAAUUGUUGGCAGCUGACAUAGUACCUGUGAACAUGAACACCUUUGCCACAACUCUGCAGGCCAUGUAUAAAUUUGUAACUGUAGUUAAAUUUUAA